UUUGGCAGGAGCGGAGAAGGCAGGGGGGCCGCUGGGCACGGGGGGUAUGGUGGACCAGGGCGGGGACCAGGGGGACGAGGGCAGCGCGCUGUCCAGCCAACGUCCAGGGCCGGAGCGGAGUCCGGGAGGAAAGCGCUGCUGGAGGGAUGGGACCAUUGAACUUAAAUGGUACACAAUCCUCAUUCUGAGCACCACAGGGAUUAUCCUAAUAGUGGUGCUCAUUGCUAUAGCAAGUAAGACCUGUCCUAAAUGUGGAGAAACUUGUCCAGAUGGUUGGCUGCAGCUCAGAGAGAAGUGCUACUUAUAUAAUGAUAGAAGAAGUAACUGGACCAAGAGCAAGGAAUUAUGUGAAUCCCUAGAUGCUCAUCUAAUUGUGAUUGAAAGCCAUCAGGAGCUGUCAUUUGUUCAGAAAUUCCAGGGUUACUGGAUUGGUCUCUACAGGGUAAAUGGAGAACUCUGCUGGGUGAAUGGAGCCCAACUGAAUAAGAGUCUGUUUCAAGUCACCGAUCCUGGAGACUGUGCUUACAUUUCUACAAGUAAGAUUGCUACAAACGGCUGUGACAUAACUAAGCCGUCUCUUUGCAGCAUGAACCUGACUGUGACGUGAGGGAGGAAGAGAGUAGAGGUGGGACCAGCUGGAAGCCUAUAAACGAGGAGGAGGAAGGUCAGGAGCUCUCUGCUCAGCGCGACUGGGUUUGUUAGCUCCUUCACUAGACUGUGUAAGCUUCUUGUGGGCAAAGAUUGUGUCUUCCAACUUUAUUCUUCUCUCCCACUCACUUGGAGUGGUGCGCUGUACAUGAUAACAGCUCAAUACAUACCACUGACUGACUGGUAGCAGUGAGUCCAGAGUUGUGGUUAUGGUAUGGAGUGUAAAUAAAGGCCUCUUGUG